AUGGUAAGUUGGCAGGCUAAUGAUGGGAUAAAGAGUGCAGUGGUAGGAUUGCUCAGCAGUGGACUUUCAGGGUAUGCUUUGAAUCAUAGUGAUAUUGGAGGCUACUGUUCAGUGAACUUACCAUUUUUUAAGUAUCAAAGGAGCGAAGAACUACUCUUGCGCUGGAUGGAGCUGAAUGCAUUCUCCGUUGUCUUCCGGACACAUGAAGGAAAUAAACCAACUAGCAACAGCCAGUUCUACUCCAACCACAGUACUUUAUCGCAUUUCGCACGCUUUGCCAAGAUAUACAAAGCUUGGAAGUUUUACAGGAUCCAACUAGUUAAGGAAGCCUCUGAAAAGGGCCUACCUGUUUGUCGCCAUCUAUUCCUCCACUAUCCAGAAGAUGAAUACGUGCAUACAUUAACAUAUCAGCAAUUUCUAGUAGGCACAGAGAUCCUAGUAGUGCCUGUUCUAGAUAAAGGCAAGGAAAUGGUUAGGGCCUAUUUUCCAGAAGGAGAAAACUGUUCAUGGAAGCAUGUUUGGACAGGAAAACUAUAUUCCAAACAAGGUUCCGAGGCUUGGGUGGAAGCUCCAAUUGGAUACCCGGCCAUUUUUGUCAAAGACUCCUCUAAAAUUGGAGAAACCUUUCUGAAAAACCUCAGAGAAUACAAUGUCCUAUAA